CCCGCCUCCACAAGUACACAUCAUCACAUCUGUAACGACCUUUGCCCAUAGUUUAAAAAAUGGCCACUACUAUCAGAUCAAGGUCCAAUUCUGAAGGUGGGCAUAUCAGGUCUCCACCAAAACCAAAACCAUCCAGUAGCCGGGUACCAGUAACACCCUCUGGCUCUGAGUUUGUGAACAUAGGUUCUCCAGAAGAAAACUUACUGGAGACGUACUUUGUCCUACUCUCAAAAUUCAGCUUUGAUAGAGCAAAGGAGCAAUGUGACCGUGAGAGGGAGAUAAAGAGUGGCACAGGUGGUACCAACUGGUGUGAACUGAUGAGCCUCAUGAGUCGAUUAUGUGUGGCAGAGAUGAACUACUUCUCCCUUAGCUUCAUGGAGAGAGCUGCCACCUUCAGACUGGUCCGGAGGGAGCCCCUAAAAGCAAUGUAUGAUUCCAUGAUACUUGACCUGAAGAGGAUACAUGAGGUGUACAUGAACCGCAGGGGGGGAAGCGACUUCUCUUGGGAGCGGAAAAUGACUGAGCUGGUGACCAGCCUGUUGGAGUACACAGCAGCUAAAAGGGACAUGACAGAUUUUUAUGUGCACUUUGAGGUGACUAACUCUUGUCACCUUGACUACAAGCAAUUUGAGAGGUACCUCAAGGACAUGUUGGAACGAUACAAAGACAGUUUUCAGCAUCCCUAUUUGAGGCCCGUGAAGACAACAUUCCAGAGAGAACUGACAGUGUUGGGAGAUUUACUCCAGGCACAGAUUAGCAUAUCAGAGUGGCAGUUUCUUCCUGCUAUUCUGGCUCUACAGGCAGUAGACAGCAAGCUCAGCCAAUGGAAAGGUCUAGUACCUUUGGGAAGCCAGGGUAAUCCAGAACGACGUCAGGUGCAAAAAUCCAUUCGCUCCCCCCCACAGUCUCCCCCCCCUAGUGGUGGUGUGCCAUAUUUGUACAAGUGGCUAUGCAAGUUCCAUGUUACGCUCCUUGCAAAAUUCACUCUCUACUUUCAUGAUGUGUUGUCAGAGCAUGCUUCAGUGUAUGACAUGAAGCAUUUGUCAGCCAAGUUGGAUGUAGACUUUCUCGGAUGGCUGUCAUCUUUGAUACGUCAUACACCAGUAACAGCAGUUAUGUUUGUCUUCAACUCUACCGGGGUCCCAGAUUUCAAAGGCCCAAGGUACCGUUUUCCUGAUUCUCCUGCUCCCACCCUCACUGGCCUGAACUCAUACCCCUUCAUGAUUACCAUCCCACAUGACUUCGAAGUUUACCACCACCGGGCUAACAUAAUCAGUAUGAUCAUUGAGAAGGGAGGGCAGUUGAACUCUACCACACAGCCUGUGUCACAACACGAUGAUAAUCUGCACUGUGUCUACUAUCUGACCCAAGUUGAACCACUGAUUACAAUGGUGUGUAUUGCAACUAUCAAGCGGAGAGAGAGGGACAACAGAGUUACAACACAUAUAACGGACAUUGCAGCUCAAUUGAGAAAUAUUCACAUAGCUACUCUAUUGAGACCGUCUUGAGAGACCACACUAUGAUGUGUUGAUACAAUUAUGUACUCACAUGUCUUAACUGUCGACAUGCAUAAUGUCUGCAUAAAUAUUAACUUAAUUAGUCGCUGCAGAAAUUAUGUAGUCAAAUCUGUGUAUUGAUCGAUUAUUAUUCAUGCAUGUG